UCCCCCUUCACCAUCCUCCUCCCCCCGCGGUCCUCCUUCCCCUCCCCCCCACGCAUCCUCCUCCGCGCGCCACCGCGGCCUAGCGGGGCUGCUGAGAGGAGCCGGCAUGAAGGCGACUCUGGGGAGCAGGGAGCGCUGGACUGAAGGGAAGGUGUUUAUUCAGCUUUGGUCUGGACAUUGAAAAGACAAUAUAAAGUCCAUAGCAUGGCCCCCAUACUCACCUGCUCAUGACUGAAGCGACUAUGAUUCCUGCCAACUCCCAGAAAGAACUCCUGAGUCAGAUAGGAGAGGCUGAUUUUCAGGGGCAAUACUUGGCCUAACAGAGGUGCUGUUGCUUUGCAGCAUACAUUGAUGCAUUUAGAAGAAAUAAAUACCCAACUGAUGCAACUACUGACAGUACUGACUUCUGUGGAUGCCAUAACUGUAUGAAUUCUAAGAAGGAAAAGAAGUUUGAGAAUGAGAGAAGUCAGGCUCAGCCUGGAGAGGCUAGCAUGACCUAUACAGAAGAGCAGUUACUUGGGGUGCAGAGGAUAAAGAAAUGCAGAAGUUAUUAUGAAAUUCUGGGAGUUGACAGAGAUGCCAGUGAUGAGGAUCUAAAGAAAGCUUACCGAAAACUGGCCCUGAAAUUUCACCCUGAUAAGAACUGUGCACCCGGGGCCACAGACGCUUUUAAAGCAAUAGGGAAUGCCUUUGCUGUUCUCAGUAAUCCCGAUAAAAGAUUACGCUAUGAUGAAUAUGGAGAUGAACAAGCAACUUUUGCUGCCCCCCAAGCCAGACCCUAUACGUAUUACCCAGAUUUUGAAGCUGACAUUACUCCAGAGGAAGUCUUCAAUGUGUUCUUUGGAGGACAUUUUCCUACAGGAAAUAUUCACAUGUUUUCAAAUGUGAUGACAGAUGACACACACUUUUACCGUCGGCGACACCGAAAUGAGAGGGUACAGACCCAGAAGGAAGAAGAAGAAGAAAAACCUCAGAAUAUGUAUUCUGCAUUUCUUCAGUUGCUUCCAGUUCUCGUGAUUGUGAUUAUAUCUGUUAUUACCCAGCUGAUGGCCACAAAUCCUCCAUACAGUCUAUUCUAUAAAUCAUCCAUGGGGCACACUAUUUCCAGAGAAACAGAGAAUCUUCAGGUGCCUUAUUUUGUUGAUAAACACUUUGAAAAAAACUAUAAAGGGCCAUCACUGCGUGAUUUGGAGAAGACUGUAGAAAAGGAUUAUAUAGAUUAUAUCCAGUCAAGUUGUUGGAAGGAAAAACAACAAAAAUCAGACUUGACAAACUUGGCCAGACUGUACCGAGAUGAACGCUUGAAACAAAAAGCAGAGUCAUUGAAACUUGAAAACUGUGAAAAAUUAUCCAAUCUUAUUGGCCUCCAUAAAGGUGGAUGAAGGAAUCCUAGACAUAGUACACAAGGGCAUGAGUUUUUCUUCGUUGUUCCUAUUUAUGUUACUAAUUCCAUUUUAUAAAAGAAAAUUAGAAAAUCAAAAUUUUUAUGGCUUGCUAAAACUCAAGUGGGACAGAGCUGAAAACAGCUGAACCAUGGGGACAAUUUCCAACCUCAUAAUCCUUGGUGUGGUUUGAUUCCAAAGACCAAUGACAGUUCAACUAAAUGAUUUCAUAAGUAUAAGUAUUUGAUUUAGCACUAGUACCACAGCAUUCCUGACUACCUUCUGGGGAUUCUGUUCCAAGUAGAACCAAAACAUAUUUUCUUAUCAGUGGGUAAGUGUAUCAUCCAGAAAUAAACAGCCACCAUUUAGUCCCAUGCCACACACAAACUCUGUAGCUUUAGUUAUUUAUAGCCCCUACAGCAAAUAGUACAUUUCAUCAGUUAGCAGUCAUUUCAUCAUCAAAUCACUAAGCAGAACACAUUUAAAGUGAAUUCAUUAUUCUAUGGCUAUGAGGACAUGCUUAAAGGAAAUAAAAUGAGAUAAUAUAUGAAAAGCACUUUGUAAAUUGUAAAACACUAGAUAAAUGUCCUAUUAUCAUUGUUAAAAACUGUUUAAAAAUUACACAGAGAUAAUUUAAAACUUAUUGUAGUUAGUAGUUUUGACACCCCCAUUCUUUUAUUAAGAUCUGCUGAUAUUAACAAUACUACCUGAUUUGAGUUUCAUCUGAUUUGAAUUUUAUUCUACUUUCUACUUUCCUUUGGUUUAUGUUUCAAUCUACUAUGAUGUUGCCAAAAACUCAGCAAUAGACCAGAGACCAAAGAUGGAAAUGCUUUCGGUCCUGGACAUUUCACAGAUUGGCUCCUAGUUAACUUAGAGUUGACUCAUGUUGCUCUGAAAGAAUAGGACAUCUCUGGAUCUCAGGUACUUCAUCUCUAAAAUGACUUCAAAGGUCUUUUCUAAUACUCAGUCUAUGAUCCUAUGUGUUCUUGCUUAUGUCAAUACAGAUAAGCACAUGGUGAAAGUUCUCUCUUCUUAGGUUUCUCACUUAUAUGACAUAAUAUUCAAACUGAAUUUCUCAGCCUCCUUUAGGGGUAUGAGAGUUAAGACUGAAAUGGAAAGGUUGCUAGUUAGCAAAACUAUUUGAGAACAGAGAGGUAAAAAGAACAUGGAAUGUAAACUGAGGUGAUGCAGACUUGUAUUGAAAGAAUGGAAAAGUGUUCCCUUAAAAUCUGUAUGGCAUUCUCUUUACUUCAGCAUCAUUUCUCAGCUUAACUUUAAUCAACAGAGCUUCUCUUCACAAGAGUACUUCAUUGCAUAUUGUCAUUUGGUUCCUUAUCUUUCUUAAGAUGCUCAAUAAGAAGGCUGAAUUCCCUCCUUCUCAGGACCAGGACCAAUAUUCCCAUUUGGUGAUCUUCUGUUUUUAGAAAUGGAGAGAAAGAGAUGUUCGAUGUGGGCUCUUCCAAAGCUAAAGUUUUCUUUUUCUAUGUUCCAGCAAUACUGAUGUGGUUAUAGGGCUUUGGUCUCUGAAUAACUGCAGAAGGCCCACAAAAAGGGUGGGAAUAAACUUUUAGAUACUCCUGAGUUGUACUCUAAAAAGUUAAGUAGUUUACUGUUUAUUUGAAGGACAUAACCUCAGGCUCCCACUUGGUAUUUUGGGGUGUUCUUUGAAAGCCCUUGACGAUUCUUUAAGAAAGAUCUGCGCUACAAAAUUUGUAUCCAUUCAAGGAGGUCUGGAGAAAGCUGAGCUUACUCUCUAUCUUGAAACUAAAGCUCUUUUUUUUUUCUGAUUUCUCCUAGAAAUCAAUAACAUGAAAGUCCCUGCUUUAAAUACUUAUGAGUAACAAACAUUUAUUUGAUGGAGUCAGAGAUUAAUUAUUUUUGAAGCUGUUGAAUAAAGGCAUUGUUAGUGCACAUUACAUACCAGAGAGCAUAUAUGUUUUUAUAGCACUGGUAAGAGUUACAUUUCUUAAUAGAGCAACACAUUGUAUUUGAUUUUUCCCAGGGGAGUAGUUGGUUUUUGUUUUGAUCCAUUACUAGUAAUAUGCAGUACAUUGUUACAUGAAAAUUUUCCUGUUUGUAUUUUAGUUAAGCCAUCUGCAUGAAAGUGUCUGCUAAUAUCUUUGGUGUAGUCCCUAAACAAUUUUAAUAUUGCAGGUGAGGACCAUGCUGUUUCCUGUUAUAAUGGCAGGACAGACAGUUCUGUGCACUAUUUCCCUGUAAAUUAUUGUAGGUUUGAGACUUGUAGACAGGUUGAAAUGUAUUUGGCUAAGGUUGAGUCUGUUGUGGUAAAUUUAUGAUGGAAUAUAUGUGCCUCUUUAUGUUCUAUGCUGAAUAACAGGGGGAGCAAAGGAACAUUUUUCUUGCCUCCAGAGGAAUUCACAUCUCAGAAAAAGAAAAGUCACCUUUGCUGAAAAGGUGCCCAUGAGGUCAAAACUAAGACCUACUGACUUUGCUCAUGAUCACCUGCUUGAUAGAAGGGACCAGAUGACAAGUGUCACUGAAUAAGGCUUUUGUUUCUUGACCUGUCAGGAACUGCACUGAAUCCUAGACACACCAAUAUAUGAGAAGCACUCAGCAGCUGAAAUAAACUCUAUGGUCAUGAAACAAAAGAAAUACUCACUUCCUCAGUGACUAUUAUGGGAAUAUACCCUAAACACGGAAACAUAUUCUUUCAUUAAAACUGUGGCUGAACAUCAAAACUCUUUGUCUAUGCAUGCUCUAACAUCUUCCGGGAACUGUAGUUUGUUUUGAAUUUGCUUUAGACACACUGUUCGUUUAAUAUGCCAACUUAGCAUCCAAGCAUUUUGUUUUCUGAGAGUAGCAUUAAUAUUGGUUUAAGAUUUUUAAGCCUGCAUUGUAUUUACUCUAGCAAAGAAAUACUAUUAAUAACUGUUUGCCCGUUCUUUAAAAAUUGAUUGUGCCAUUGGGAUGUGCCUCUGUAAAAUGUUUGGAAUUAAAGUUAUGAAUGCUCUCAACAUAA